UUCCUGUUUUCCACUGUAUGUCCUCUUGCAGGAUCCAAGGAGAAUGUUCAUAUAAGGUGUGAUCAACAUGUGCAAAGGUUACAGCUCCGGACUGACUUGUUGUUUACAAUGAAUGACAUCAGCGAUGAUUUCUCCGCAAACGAAACACGAAACAAAAGUGAAACUUAGCAGAUACUUCAGGAGCGGACUGGUUCUGUGCGCGUCCUCCGUCACCGGCUCACCGACCAUGGAGGAUUUUCCGUAUUCGGUGGUGGUUGAGGGCCACUGGCCGUGUGCUUUCGCGAAAAUAAAGACCAAACUUCAGAUAUACUUUCAAAGUAAGAAAAAAUCCAACGGAGGCGACUGUGUGGUGGACUUCGAUGAGACCACGGGGACAGUGGCUGUCCAUUUCAAGUCUGCAGAAAUUAGAGCCAGAGUGCUUGAAAAAAGAGACCACGAGACGACGAUUGACAAUGAGCAGGUGAAGUUACGCGUCUAUGUGUCGGAGGCGGCGGAGCCAAACUCGGAAGGAGAAAGAAGUAAACCAUCCAUUAGCUACGGUUCUUCUAGGGAUGGAGAACAAUUCUCCCAUUCUAAUAAUGAGCCUUCUGAAAGACGUCAAGAGACCCCAGAGGUAACCACCAUUGUUCUAGAGAAUGUGAAACAGAACAUCUCCAAAGACAUUCUAGACCUGAUGGUGGAGAACAUCUGCAAAUCAGCUGAAGCUGAUUUUUUUGUGGAAAUGAUAUAUGAGAUGAACGCAGCCGUUGUGUCCUUCAAAAAUACCAAUGAUGCAGUGCAGUUCUUCUCAGAGUGCAAGAAGAACAACAGGUUCCUGCAUUUUGAACUCAGCGCCAGGGCCUUGGAGGAGACCAGGAGUGUUAAGGUGGAGAACCUUCCCUCUCAGGCUGUGGAGGACCUGCUGAUUCUGUACUUUGAGAAAGAGGGAGGAGGUGAAGUGGAGGCCAUUAAUAUGAUACCUGAAGAACAGGCGGCUAUCGUUACCUUCCGAGAUCCUAAAGUCGUAUUAACUGUACAGAGGAAAACACAUCAUAUCUGCAAGAUACCUGUCAAUGUUUACCCGUUCUACAAGUCCAUUGGAACGGCCUUGUAUGGAAAAGACAGACCAGAGUGGAAGAUGCCUGACCCUUUUACUCAAACCAUUCAUCAUGCAGUGUGGAAAUUCCUUCUAAUGACUAAGCAGUUUUCACCUAUCAGUAACCAAAUGAAAAAUCACUUCUGUGCUGUAGAUCUAGAAUGCAAUAAUGUCAAGUUAACCCCAUUGCCUGACCUGCUGAAACAAAAAGGUUUGACAGCAAGACACAUUGACAACUGGAAGCAAAAUGCUAUUGAUGCCUUCCAGAACAUAAUGUCGAAGUACAAGUCUGUUGAGUGUGGUGUAACCUCUUUCGUGUGGAAAGUUGUUGAGAAAGAAAUUCACAAGGCAAUUAAACAGGAUGCCAUCCUGGACCCUAACCCAAGCACAGGGAUUGUGGUGAUUGCAGGCUUAGCCAAAGAUGUGGACAGGCUGAAACAAACGGUGGAUAAAAUUCUGCAAAGAGCCACUAGUAAAAUAGAGAGGGAGAAGAACAGCAUCUCUGAGGAGGUUCCUUUGACUCCAGCCAUGUUCUACAUCCUGCAGCAAGAUGGUCUUCAGCAAAGAGCUGCAACAUCCUUCCCAGGGCUGAGUUUCACAUACAAGACUGAUGCUAGAAAGCUAAUGUUGUGUGGUUUACCCACUGAGGUACUAAAUAUUAAAAGCUGGGUUCUUGAAAAACAACUUGAAAUGAAACACAGGCAGCUGGAUGUUGAUUCCAGUCUUUUAGGCUUUCUCAGCGUUGUUGAUAACGAGGAGAUGUCUUCUGAACUUUUUAUGUCCCGUGGUGUCUGUGCUGUCUUUAAAAUUGAGAAGGGAGCUGUGAUAAUUACUGGCAUAUCUGAAAAGGCUCUAACUGAUGCAGAAAAACAACUAAGGGACUCACUGACAUUUCAGACUAUCACGGUGGAGGACCAGCAAGUUCUGAGAAGACAAGAAUGGCAAAUUUUGUACAAGAAGUUGAAAGACAGUUAUACUUCAUCCAAAAAGACCACAGUAACAAUGAAGUUCACCAGCCAAGACACAAUUACUGUCUCUGGCUUUCAUCAACCUGUGAUAAAUGUCUGUGAAAGUCUGUGUGACUUCUUUAACAGAUACACCCGUGUUCAAGAGGCUCUUCGUGUCAAAUCUCCUGCAGUUGUAAAAUUCAUACAAGAAAACAAAAAACAGAGCUGGAAUAGUUUUGCAAACUCUAAAGAGGUUGAGGUUUUUUUUGAGGAAACUAGGGCCCGGAUACAACUUUCUGGGUCCCGCUACCUUGUUCAGGAAGUAAAAAAUUUCUUUCAAGAAGUAACAACUUCCCUUCAUACAGAUAUUCUGAAGAUUGUCAAACCUGGGGCAAAGAAGUUCUUUUUAGAGAAACAGAACAUGUUAUGCUCCAUUAUCCGAGUGGAAAGCAAUUGUGUGGUGGUGCUGCAGGAGGACACCCUGUUUGAGGAAGAACUGGAGAAAGCAGAAGAUUACAGCUUUUCUACUUACUGUAAGGUGCAGACAUCCAGUGGGGUGAUCAUCACAGUCACAAAAGCCAAUAUCUGCCAGUUUCAGGCAGAUGCAGUUGUCAACGCUGCAAAUGAGGAGCUGAGUCAUAUUGGUGGUUUGGCAGCAGCCCUUCUCCAAGCUGCAGGUCAAAAGCUGCAGGACGACUGUGAUUGCUACAUAAAGAAGAAUGGCAGUUUGAACCCUGGUGAUGCUGUUAUUACAAACUCUGGUCGGCUCCCAUGCCGUUAUGUCAUCCAUGCAGUUGGACCAAGGUUCUUUCAGAUGGAAGCAAGUACAGCUGUGCAGCUUCUUCAGUGUGCUGUGAAGCAAAGCCUGACCUUAGCUGUGGAGAACAACUGCUUCUCUGUGGCUAUUCCAGCCAUCAGUUCUGGAAUAUUUGGAUUCCCAUUGCAACUCUGUGCAGAGACCAUUGCUGAGACAGUGAAAAAAUACUGUGAGGAACGUUCCCUCAAAAGGAACUCUCUGAGUGAGAUCCACCUGGUCAAUAAUGAUGAUAAGACUGUACAAGCCAUGGUGGAGGCUGUAAAGAAAAUAUUUGCAGACCAGCAGCUACAGCUAAUGCCUGCACAGAGGAAGCCUCUGUCCCCCAAGCCAUGGAACACUGGUGCACGGAAGAAGAUGUCUGCCUUGGAGUUUGGCACUUCAAAAGAGGCUGAAAAGAGCAGAGCACCUGAGAAGACAAAAACUCGAGAAGGACUUGAUAUUACCAUUACGACAGGAUGCAUCCAGGAUGCAACAACCACUGUAAUAGUGAAUACCAUUUCUGAUGAUCUGGACCUCAGUAAAGGUGGUGUUUCCAAGGCCAUUUUAGAGGCUGCUGGUCCAAGACUCCAGUCAGCUAUUCGAGACAAGGGUGGGAAAUCCAGAGUGGAAUACGGAAGUGUGUUUGUCACUAACGGCUAUAACCUGAAGUGUGAAAAGGUGUUCCAUGCUGUUUGCCCCUUCUGGGACAAAGAAAGGAAGAGAUCAGAGCAGGUGUUGAUAAGUAUUAUCCAAGACUGCCUGAAAGAAGCUGAAAAACAAAGAGUGAAGUCUAUGUCUUUCCCUGCUAUUGGCACGGGAAACCUGGGGUUCCCCAAGAACCUGGUGGCUAAAAUCAUGCUAUCUGAGAUUCGGAGAUUCAGUGAUAGGUGUUCCCCAAAGCAUCUAUCGGCAGUAGAUAUCAUGUUGCAUCCCAGUGAUUCUCGCACUAUUGAGUGUUUCAGAAGUGAGUUUGGAUAUCAGAAACAGAGUCAUACAGGGUACGACAGACAACAUGCUGGAGCGUCAGAGCAGAAUUUAAGGGACUCUAGCCAAUCACAAAAGGCCUCGACCUAUAAUGACCACCUGCGGCAGGACCCUGUUUUUACUGGCCAGGUAUCCUCCCCUGCCCUAGGUGUGCACAGUAUGCGUGUGGGACAUCUGACUGUGGAAGUAUCCUCUGGAGACAUCACCAAGCAGAGCACUGAUGCUAUUGUCAAUUCCUCCAAUGAUACCUUUUCCCUCAAAGCAGGUGUGUCCAAGGCCAUUCUAGAUGCAGCUGGCUUUGCUGUGGAGAGGGAAUGUUCACAAUUAGCAUCCAAGCCGAACAAUGGGAUGAUUCUCACCCAGUCAGGAUCUUUGCCAUGUAAAUGUAUCAUCCACAUCACUGGGCGGAAUGACCCAAACCUAAUCCGGGAAGCAGUGUAUUCAGUGUUGCUGUUGUGUGAAGAGAACAGUUUCACAUCGGUUUCCUUCCCUGCUCUUGGAACAGGAGCUGGGGGAGCAAGUCCACAACUGGUAGCAAAGGCUAUGAUUGGUGCAGUGAUAGACUUUGAGAAAAAGAAGAAAGGACUCUUUCUGAAGUAUGUAAAGAUCCUGGUUUUCCAACCAGGGAUGGUGGGUGAAUUCCUUAAAGUCAUGAAGAUGAAAGAAGGCAUGGAACAGCCGGAGGAGAAGAGCGUAUUUUCUAAAAUAAAAGGUAGACGAGACUCAGUAACCAACUUUUUUGGGAGUGCUGGUGAUAACACAAAAAUUAAUGAAGAUUUUACUAUGGUGGGUGAGGAGUUUGCUCCAACUAUAUUCCAUGUUUGUGGAGAGAGUCUUCAAGAUCUAUCCAAAGCUAAAAACUUGAUCCAGGACAUAAUUGUGAAAGAGCAGACAGAGAAGACCAUCAAAGACACCUGGAUCCAAUAUUUCACCCAGGAGGACCGUGCAAAAUUGCACAAGCUUCAGGAAAAGCUGACUGUUCGCAUUCGACUGGAUAUCCGUGGCUCUGACUCCAUGGUGAAAUUGGAGGGUCUCACCCGAGACGUGUUGACAGCUGAUGGAAAUAUCAGGGAGAUGAUCAGAGAGGUGGAGAGGCUAGAAAGACAAAAACGUGAGGCAAUCCUGUUGAGUGACUUAGUGGAGUGGCAGUAUGAAGCUGGAGCCUCCUUCCUUCCUGUUGACGUGCUCACCAAUCUGACACUAGAACAGGCUUUUGACAAUCGUCAGUCUCAUGUGAAAAUCAGUAUCAACAACGAAGAAUAUCAAGCAAAUUUAAUUAGCAAAACAGCUUUCAACAGCAAAAAUACCAUUCAGCUGAAAAGAAUUGACCUACGAGAUGCUCUUCCAAACCACUGGGAUGACAAGAAAGGGACUAACCCCCUCAUUGUCUUACUGCCACAAACCUGUCAGGAAUACCAAAAUGUGGAGAGAGAGUUCAGGAAGACUGGUCUUAAGAACAAUAUUGUUAAGAUUGAAAGGAUUCAGAAUAUCAUGCUCUGGAAAAGCUACCAGAUCAAGAAGAAAGUCAUAGAGGAAAAGAGCAACCUCAUUAACACUGAAAGACAGCUCUUCCAUGGAACCUGCACAACUUCGGUCGAUCACAUCAACACCCAUGGUUUCAAUCGUAGCUACGCGGGUAAAAACGCUGCUGCCAUUGGGAAUGGGACUUACUUUGCAGUGGACCCCUCAUACUCUGCACAAAAUACCUACUCCAAGCCUGAUGCCAAUGGCCAAAAGAACAUGUACCUGGCCAGAGUCCUGGUGGGGGAGUACACUCUGGGGAAGGCGGGGCUCAUUGUCCCUCCCAACAAGGGUACAGGAAAUACUGCAGAUUUAUAUGACAGUGUUGUGGACAACAUAAACAAUCCACUGGUAUUUGUCAUAUUUAGUGAUGUGCAGGCUUAUCCAGAAUAUCUCAUUACUUUCUCCUAAGUCUUAUCUUUUAAAAUCAGUACACUAGGUCUAGUUGAUCUUCAUGGAGUUUAUUCUUAGAUGGUUUAAUGGAUGUGGUUUUUACAUUAUUUUAUUUAUUUUAAAAAUGUCUUUUUGUCCCAAAAUCUGAGUUGAGAAUUUUGUUUGCAGAUCUCCAAAGUAAAAGGUUACUAGAAUUGUCUUUACAGAUUUACCAUAUACUGCAACUAGUUUUUAGUUCUAAAAUUGGUUUAUCUUCACUAGAUGACACUAAAAGACAGUUGCACUAGACCACUUCCAAAAUGUUAAUAACUUAUGUCAUGCUUCAUGCUCAAAUACAAGCAAUAUUUAAUGUAUGUUAUAAAUUUCAUUACACUUGGGGCAUAGCAAAUUGACAGUGAAAAUGGAAACACUCAAAUGAAACUAUUUUAUUGCUAUAACUGUUUUGCUCUCCUUUAAACUAACCUUACAUUGCUACAAGGGAAGAAUGUUAUAAAAAAAAAAAAAAAA